UUAGAGGCAAUGAUUCGCCGCAUAACUCGUGUCACGCAAGACAUGUGUGGAAACCAUUUAGAAAUAACGUAAUGUUUUUGACCCACAAUUAGUGCCCCAAACGAAGCGCUCACUUCAGUGUCACUUCACUGCCCCCAACACACGAACCCCACCCCCACUACCGGAACAACACGUUAUUUACUGUCAUUCUCUCCAUAAGUAAACAACUAAUGGCUGACCGCUUGAAACGGCAUUCACUGAACGGAUCUGUUUUGUUAUUAUCGUUGAUGUUUACCAGUGAUGCACGUCUUGGAGCGGAUCCCCAGCGGUGACUAUUAGACAGAGAAGACACAGAGAGAGUGUGGAGAGAGAGACAGUGUGGCGGCGUUGGGCGCCGGGGAUGUGAUCUUUGCCAAAAUGCUGGACAUCUAUGACCACAACAGUCGCGAUUGCAUCCGACUCUUGAAUAUGAUUGUCUGCGAAAUACCAUUCAUUAAGACAUUCGCCGACGACUGUCUUCUCGAGCGACUCAUUCAUCUGAUAUCCAUAAUCGCCAACGCCUUCGACACGAACCAAACGGACGGCCAAUCGAUGGCAGUGUUGACGAUGUCUUCGGGCGACUCGACGGACGGCCACUCGCCCGACACGGAUGAGGGCCGGGAGGCUGUGAUACGGUCGUGGCUUUUGCGCCACUAUAACAGCAAGUGUUUCAUCGAUGACCUCAACUUUUCCGACCCCGAAGACCGGACACGAGUAGCGGUUCUCAUAAUAAACAUACUCUUCAAACUCAGGCAUUCACUCAAAGAGAUUGAACAGUAUUUGACUGAUUGCGAGAGUUUUGUUCAGUUUGACCGACAGCUCAAUGAGUACACCAGAUUCGACCGACUCUUGGAAAUGGUGUCCAACGACUGCAACAAAUGGCGGUCCGAAACGCGUGAAUACAAAGUGAAGUUAGAAGAGACCAAGAAAUUGAUGGACAAAUACCAACAAAACGAGAUCUUUAACUACAACUGCAGUCCUCGCAACCAAAACCUCUAUAAGAGUCGCAUCGGUUUGAAUCCCGAGUCGGAAGAGUGUCGGCAACGACGCCGUCGAGAGCUCGAGACACCCAAACGCGUGAAGAGUGAGUGCCGUCCGCGUGGGUCCAAAGCCCUCGUUCACGACUCGACCCUCGAUUUGCCCGAGUGUUGUGUUGAGCCGCGAGAGGACGGUGUGAACGGUUACGGAAGCGAUGCGGACAGCGAUGACCGGAGUGUCAACAACGAGGAUAUCUCUUAUGUUUGUGUCGAAUGUGACAAAAACUAUUCAACGAAUUUUGAAUUCAAUUUGCAUUUACUUAAAGACCACAAGAAUAUCGACAUCUCGGAGAUCAUCCGCAACGCGAACCUCAACCUCGACCUCGACAUGGAUUUGAGCGCCAAUGCGAGCGCCGAGUCGUGCCCUAAGAAGUGCCCGAAGAACCAGAAGAAGCGCACGUUUCGGUGCGCUUACAACCGGUGCAGCCGAGCCUUCUUCAGGCUUCAGGAGCUUAAACGCCAUUUUGUUAGACAUCAGCCGAAGACCGAACGCUUGAUAUAUAUUUACAGCCAAUACACGAACGCAGCCCUCAAUCGUAUCAGACAUCCGCCGCCAUCGAAGACAGUCCAUCACUCACCACAUGAUAUGAGCGCCGAUAUUAAACCAAAUGUACAUUUUCUUCAUAAUAACGCCACUAAUCAUACGGACAAUAGUAUUGACAACAUUAGACUCAUUGUCAAUAACAUUAAUAAUGACAUCAAUAAUAGUGUUCAUUACAGUAAUGACUCGCAUAUGAGUUAUGCAAACGGUUUGCGGCCGACAAGUGCUGUGUUUGUGUCCAAUCACGAGAUUAACGGCAAUUCAACGGCCAAUUCAUACGGCUUUCAAUCGGAACCGAUGGUCGACGACGACAGCGAAGGCACGCCUUUAAGUGUCUGUCAAUCACAAGAAGACUACUGUUUCGGUCUUCAGCUCCGAAAUACCAAAACUUAUUCAAAGACUAAUGGAUUCAAUGGUAACAGCAGUUCGAGUGAAUAGAGAGGUCGACAACUGAUUUACUAUUAGAUAUAAUAUUUGUAUUUAUUUUUGCAGACAUUUCAAGAGUUUUAUUUCACUCACCAUUUAUUUCAUAAACAAUUUUCAUUUUUGCAUUAAUUUAUAAAA